GGUCGAGCUGAAAUGGCGCCAUAUAUGACUGACUAUUGUACGUUGCAUUUGUCUAGUGACUUGUAUAGCGAUGAAGAGAACUCCACGCCGACGGAGUGCGUGUAGAUCGUGUAUUUCUGAAGGUACACUUUCUGAUAUAUCAUUUGCGUCUACAAAAUCUACACCAUUAUCCACAAAUGAAAAUCUGUUUAAAAAGCCAGAACUAUCCAACACACAGGUUACUGCAGCUCUGGGUGGAAUGCAAAUGCAGCAUCUAAAUCAUGAUAAAAAAUUUAUGUUAGUUGAUACUGAUGACACUAUAGUCUAUAGCUAUAAAGAAGCAUGUUUUGCUGAGAAGACACAGAGGAAAGAAAAAGUAACAGCACAAGCAAUAACUGGGAUUAACGGUGUGAAAGGAAGGUUUAGAGAUGCUGUGAAAUGCAAACUAGCAACCAGCUGCAUCAGUUCACUUUUUUUGUUGUUGAUUAUAAUGUUUCUUUACUAUUGUAUCUCAAAUUUUGGGAAGGACGUAUCAGAAAUUCGGCCUUUAACAGAAUAUUUUAGAAAAACGUUUGCACACGAGAGUGCUGUUCCUGUAGAUGGCACAUAUAAAGUCAUUGCUGAGAACCACGCUGACGAUGUUAUGAAAUCUGCUAUUAAAAAUAUUCUUGUUGUCAAUGAAAGACUGUAUAAAGAAGUGGAAUUUUGGAGAAGACAACACUUAGCAUUUAAAACAGAUUUAUCAAAGCUGAAGUUAUUAUUCAAUUUAAUGAAGCAGCCAAAGGAUGAUGUUACUGCAGCAAUGGCUAAGAAGAAAGACUCCAGCUCUAAGGGACAGUCAAGCAGUUGCUGCCUGUGUUCCUGUGAUGAACUGGAAAUGCCUGAUUUUGCUCUCGAGUCUUCAGGUGGAAAUAUUAUAUCAACACCCCAGACAGAGACUCUUCAGCCUGAUUCUUGGUAUUAUGUACUUGGCCUUCCAGUGUGGAGGCAUACCAAAUCACCUCGUUCAAUAAUUCAGAAUUCAGUUGCUCCAGGUGAAUGCUGGCCUUUUCGGGGCACCAUUGGUUCUGUGGUGAUACAGCUAGCUGCUCGUAUAACUAUCACAGCUGUAUCCAUGGAGCAUAUAUCAGCUUCCAUGUCUCUAACAGGGAAGGUUGAUUCAGCACCGAAGACAUUCAGUGUAUUUGGGCUGAAUUCAUAUAACGAAGAAGGUGUUGCUCUUGGCUCUUUCUAUUACAAUAUAUCACAUUCUGCACUGCAAACCUUUUUCAUAAACCAACAGACUACAGCACAACAGGGCCCUUUCAGUGCUGUGAAACUAUGGAUCACAUCCAACCAUGGUAAUCCAGAAUAUACAUGUGUCUACAGAUUUCGUGUUCAUGGUACUUUAUACUCAGAAAGGAAAAUCAUUACUUAAUAUUCUGCUAUUAAACUUAGUGUUGUUGAAGUUGAAAUAUUUGUUGUUAUUUGCUGUUAAUCUGUUCCUCCCUGCUUUGUUGCUCAAAUGAAGCUGUAUUCGUACAUAUAUUGUGGUUAAAGUGUAAUUUCUUUUCCAAUUAAGCUUUUAGUUUAAAUGAAAAUUUUGAAGAAUA